AUGGAGUUGGGAAAAGGAAAAUUGCUCAGGACUGGACUGAAUGCAUUGUAUCAAGCAAUACACCCAGUCCAUGGCCUUGCCUGGACUGAUGGGAAUCAGGUAGUUUUGACUGAUUUACAGUUUCACAGUGGAGAGGCCAAGUUUGGGGACUCCAGAGUCAUUGGACAAUUUGAACAUGUCUGUGGGCUGUCCUGGGCCCCAUCUGGUACAGCUGACACACCCACUCUGCUUGCUGUCCAACACAAGAAACGUGUCACUGUGUGGCAGCUGUGCCCCAGCACCAUGGAGACAAGCAAGCAGCUGAUGUCUCAGACCUGUGAGAUUAGAGAAUCACUCCCUGUCCUUCCCCAGGGCUGUGUGUGGCACCCAAAGAAUGCUGUCCUGGCUGUGUUGACUGCACAGGAUGUCUCUGUUUUCCGCAAUGUUCACUGUGACAGUUCCCGGUUAAAAGCGGACAUCAGCGCCCAGGGCCGCAUUCACUGUGCAUGUUGGACCCAGGAUGGCCAGAGGCUGGUGGUGGCAGUAGGCAGCAGCCUGCAUUCUUAUAUUUGGAACAGUGCUCAGAAGACUCUUCACAGGUGCUCCUUCUGCCCAGUGUUUGAUUUGGACAGCCACAUCUGCUCCAUCAGAGCAACUGUAGACUCACAGGUUGCUAUAGCCACUGAGCUUCCACUAGAUAAGAUCUGUGGCUUAAAUGCAGCUGAAACCUUUGACAUUCCACUUAAUGGUGAUGUUCCACCAGCUAUUGGUGAAGUGCCUUCUGUGGGGAAAGGGGCAAUUGCUUCUGAAACAAAUUCUGAAAUAUCAGUUUCUCCCUCCUUUUCUUCAUAUUCAGAUCCUCUGGAUCUAACUUGUAUACAUUUCAAUCAGCUUAGGUCUGAGGGUAGUUCUCUUAUUUGUUUAAGAAAAAAGGACUACUUGACAGGAACUGGCCAGGAUUCUUCACAUUUGGUCCUUGUGACUUUUAAGAAAGCGGUUACCAUGACCAGAAAAGUCACCAUUCCAGGCAUUUUGGUUCCUGAUCUAAUAGCAUUUAAUCUUAAAGCACAGGUAGUGGCAGUGGCUUCCAAUACCUGUAAUAUAAUUUUGAUCUAUUCUGUCAUUCCAUCUUCUAUGCCAAACGUCCAGCAAAUUCAGUUAGAUAAAACUGAAAGACCGAAAGGCUUAUGCUUCUUGACAGAAAAAUUAUUAUUAAUUUUGGUAGGAAAACAAAAGUCCACUGAUACGGCAUUUCUUCCUUCUUCAAAGUCUGAUCAGUAUGUCAUUCGCUUGAUUGUUAAAGAAGUAACAUUGGAAGAAAAAUCUUCAAUAACAUCAAAUGAAAGCCAGAGUGCCUAUUCUACUUUCAGUGCUCUAUUAAAUAAAACAAACCGGAAAAAGUUAAUUGAAAGUCUUUCCCCAGAUUUUUGUCACCAAAACAGAGAGCUCUUGUUAACAGCUAAUACCAGUAGUCAGAGUGGAAGGCCUGGAAGAACCCUUAUCAGUGAAAUCAAAAGUCCUCUGUCCAGUGUCUGUGAUGGCUCCAUAGCCCUAGAGACACUAGAUGCUGAGCCUGUUAACUGGUCAGCAACACUGCCCAGACACAGCAGCACACCAGACCACACCAGCACACCAGACCCUCCUCAUUUGUCUCAAAGAAAGAAUAUGCAGGGGGAAAAGGAAACUUAUCAGCUAUCUAAGGAACUGGAAGUUUUAUCUAAGAACCUGAUUGAAAUGCAGCGAUGUCUGUUUGAACUCACAGACUUUCUACAUAAAGGGAAGAAAUCCUCUCCAGUGUAUCCACUCUCUCAGGAUCCUCCUUAUGUUCACAUCAUUUACCAGAAACCUUCUUAUGCAGGUCCUGUUGCUGAAAAAAGAGCAAUGCUUCUCUGCGAUGGCAAACUAAAGCUCAGUACAGUUCAGCAGACUUUUGGCCUCUCUCUCAUUGAAAUGCUGCAUGACUCCCACUGGAUUCUUCUGUCUGCUGACAGCGAGGGCUUCAUCCCAUUAAUUUUCACAGCCACACAGGAAAUAAUCAUAAGAGAUGGCAUCUUGUCCAGGUCAGAUGUCUUCAGAGACUCCCCUUUUUGCAGUCUGGAUCCUGUUCCUUGAAAUCUUUAGAGACCGUACUGCCCAAAGUUUAGAUACCACUGGCUAUUCUAACUAUUUAAGCAGUAUUGUUUGGUAUCUGCAGGGUAUUUGCUGUGUAGCUUUUCAGAUAAGACCAUUACAAAUAGUCUCUUUCCUCCACUGUGGACUCUCACCGGUGAGAUCCGCCUUGUCACUCAGGGGAAGCACUUGCCAUGGUUGGCCUUGCCUCUUUUCCCACUUUCCCCCUGGGCUGUGGCUCAGUGCUCUGUAGCAGAGCUCAGUCUUUGUU